GGGAACUGUGCCACUUCUGACACCAAUACAAUAUAAAGUGGCCGAUACCAUUACAGAUAUCAUCAUUCACUGUCAAGAGUAUCCAGCCAUAACGAAAAGAUGCGCUAUACAUUCGUGCUAGUGUUGCUGGUGACGUUUGCAGUUCUGCACGAGUCCGACUCCUGGUUUCUCAGAAGACGAGCAUGGAGGAAAGUAAAACGAUGGGGUGGACGUGCACUUAGAGGGUGGGCAGCAAAGAAAGCAGCGGCCUUGAUUUUGGCGGGAAAACGAGAUGUCUCGGACUAUGACACCAACAAGGACGGAGUCCUCGACGUAGACGAACUGGAGAAAGUGAUGAGUACUCGAGACGCUGAGAAUCUGUUGGAAAUUUCUGAUGAUGACGGAGACUCCGAGGUCACUGUGGACGAGUUCAGGCGAGUCCUCAGGGAACUGAACGGACUGGAAUAAGAAGAUCAACAAUAAAGAAGACCAACAUAGAUCUGGCUGAUCAGCUGUCGACAUAAAUUAUAUUAUUAAUAAUAAUAAAACUCAAGACGCAGUAAA